AUGCGUCUCACAGCCAUCUUUCUGUCCCUUGCCUCUUUGGCCGUUGCCGCCGAACUCGGCAUCGAAGUCACCCACAAAGUCGAGUGCACCCGCAAGACUCAGAACGGAGACGGUGUCUCCAUGCACUACCGCGGAACACUACAAGCGGAUGGCUCCAAAUUCGACGCCAGCUACGAUCGCAAUGCGCCGCUGAGCUUCAAGCUGGGAACCGGCCGUGUUAUCAAAGGUUGGGACCAGGGUCUCCUCGAUAUGUGCAUUGGCGAGAAGCGCACCCUCACUAUCCCCCCGGAGUUCGGAUACGGCGACCGUGGCGUUGGCCCCAUCCCCGCUGGCUCGACUCUGAUCUUCGAGACUGAGUUGGUCGCCAUCGAUGGCGUUGACAAGGAUGAGCUGUAA